AUGAGUAGAUCAAUAGCUCGUGGCAUGGAGCACCCUAGCAACUUCGUAAAAGGCCACGCCAAUACAAACCACGGGGAAGAAGGGGAUGAAAAAAAGGCUGCAGGCUCGAAAAGUGCAGCAGAGAACGUGGCUUUGACGUGGUUUUGGGUUCUGCAAGACCUUUUCUGUGCAUCAGCAGAUGAUAGAGACGUGGCUAUGAUAGAGAUGUGGCUUUGGGUUCUGCAAGUUUUCAGUGCAGCAGCAGAUGAUAGAGAUGGGGCUUUCGAACCUGGUUCCGGCCCGAGUUGGGUUUGCUCAAUGCUUUACAUUCAAAUAUUGCGCACACUGGAUGCAUCCCUCCUACAAACUUUGCAAAGCACAUGCCCAGAAGAUGAUGCUGAUUCUGACACCAAAUUAUCUCCCUUGGAUUCAGUCACUGCAAAUAAAUUUGAUAACAUCUAUUACAAAAACUUUGUGAACAAUUAUGGGCUACUUCAGUCAGACCAAGCUCUUAUGAGGGACAAUAAAACUGCUUCAAUAGUCAUUAACUAUAGUAAGUUACGUUAUCUUUUCUACAGGGAUUUUGCAGCAUCAAUGAUGAAGAUGGCCAACAUAGGUGUGCUUACAGGACAGAGUGGAGAAAUUAGAAAAAACUAUAGAGUGGUGAACUAA